UACAGUGUUCACAACUUGAGAAUGCAAGCUGGAACCCUAGUUGGUACCACAUUUCAAUUGGAGUUUCUGUAUUUACCUUUACUGAUAACAACUUCACACAAUGGGGAAUCAAAAUAAUAAAAAGAAAAUAUAAGGCAGAAAAAAAAUACUAUAUCAGAAGAAAUGGCAUCUAUGGUGUAAUAUGCCUAUAAGAGAUUUCAGAAUCAGAGCUUUAAAAUCCAUCAUAUUCGAGCUCACCUAAAAAACACCAUAACCCCUUAAAUGGCACAAACUAGCACCUUUCACAACAACACUCUAUGAUUCUUUUCUUUUUCUUUUUGUGUUGCCAGGAAAUGAUAAUUGCCUCUGAGAAGGAUGAAGUUAAAGGCUCAAAAGAAAAGAAAUUCUUAUAUGACAUUGUUGCUAAUGGACGCAACGGAAUUGAUGUUGACAAAUUUGAUUACAUUGUGCGUGACUCCAGGGCUUGUGGUUUGGGCUGCAACUUUGAGUAUCAGAGAGUCCUGGAAACUAUGAGAGUGAUAGAUGAUGAGAUAUGCUAUCGUGCUAAGGAGUAUCUUACCAUUCACAAGUUAUUUGCUGCUCGAGCAGAUUUGCACCGCACUGUCUAUAUGCAUGCAAAAGUGAAGGCAGUAGAACUCAUGCUAGUCGAUGCCAUGACAAAAGCAAACGAUGUUCUUCAGAUUUCAUCCUACAUUAAUGAACCAGCUCAAUAUUGGAAGUUGGAUGACACAAUAGUAAAAACUAUUGAAACUUCUACCUCCCAAGAUCUGAAGGAGUCCAGAGAUCUGAUCCUCCGUAUCCGGAGAAGGGAUCUUUACCAGUACUGCAAUGAGUAUUCAGUUCCAAAGGAAAAUCUUGAACACUUUAAAAGUGUUACUCCUCAAGAUAUAGUUUGCUCACAGAAUUCUGCUGACGCGACUCUAAAUGAGGAAGAUAUUGCAGUGAGCAAUGUCCGAAUUGAUCUUACUCGUGGAAACAAUAAUCCGUUAAAUAGCCAUGUACUCUCGGCAUCAGGAUCAGCUUUUUCGAGGAUUAUGACAGCACCAGAAAAAUCAGUAUUUGUGAUGGUGCAGUCAGUCAUUUGCUCCCUGCAUCUUAUGAAGACAUGAUUGUCAGAGUUUACACCAAGAAGCCUGACCUGGUGGAAGCUGUGUCUAAGGCCUUUGAAAACUUCCAGGUGAAGACAUAUGGGGUGAAAACUCAAGUCCAUGAAACUCCCACGAAGACGAUGAAGAAGCGGUUGAGGUAUCACCACUAGGUGGGGUGUUUUAGCUUGCAGGCCACAUUGGUCUAGACUGAAUUUUGUGCAUAUGGUAGCCGGAACACGUACAUGCAAAUACAAUCCCCCGAAUAUCAAUAUAUACACAAGUAGUUCUGAAAAGUGAUCUUUACAUGUAUCCUUGGUCGCUUACCUAAACAAUGUGACCCAUGGUAAUAUUUUUGCAGAAAUGAUGUAAUUACACUUGUUAGACACUGCACAUUGCUUUAGCAUUAAUGAAGAGUGCAUCUUGGUAUAA